AUGUUGUCCAAGGCUAUCACCCAAUGCGUCACGCAAGCCAGCCAGCUCAAUACGACGGUUCUCAUCUGCUGGUUAUCAUGCAACGACCUCGAAACGACAACCGAGCAUCACUCUGAACAGCUUGGAAAACUCGUGGCUAGGCUUCUCGAGGCGUUCCCUGCAUUCUUCAACGGGUACGAUGAUCGAAUCCACACAGGAGUAUGCAAUUUGACGCGUUUCCAAGUUCUCAACCACGGUGGGAUCAACAGACCAGAACCAGGAACUGGAAUCAAGCUCCACUUCCAAGACUCCAAGGGCAAUCCAAUCAAAACAGUCGAAGCGAACGAGGGAGACGACAUUCUGGCUAUUGCCCAUGAGUAUGACAUCGAUUUGGAAGCUUGUUCAACAUGCCAUGUUAUCUUGCCUGAGGAGCAAUAUGAUUUGCUCCCAGAGCCUGACGAUGAUGAAAAUGACAUGCUUGAUAUGGCCUUUGGGCUUACUGACACUAGCCGCCUAGGCUGCCAGGUCAAAAUCACCAAGGAGCUUGAUGGAAUGACCAUCACUCUUCCUUCGGCCACCAGAAACAUGUUUGUGGAUGGCCACACACCCACUCGACACUAA